UAGAAGCCUGACUGUGCUGGUGUGUGGGUACAGCAGUAAUUUAAAAGGAAAAAGAGACAACGAACUGCGGAGAGGGGCGAUUCUUUUACACUUGAUAAUGUUGAAUGCAGAGGGCAUGACUACACCGUGGCAGUGUCCAUUUUCAUCCUGGGGUCAAAACGACUGCCUGAAUGAUGAGGUGGCUGAGAUUGACUGCAAAGCAGUGGAAAAGAAGCUGACUGUCCCCAGCAUACCCAAGACCUGCUCUGAAGACCUCACUCAGGAGCACUGCUCAGAGCCAGCAGAGCUGAGGCUAGCUGGAAGCUCAAGUCCCUGCUCCGGACGGGUGGAUGUGUGGUUCAAGGGGUCUUGGGGGACAGUCUGCGGUGACUCCUGGGACCUGAAGGACGCCCAGGUGGUCUGCAGACAACUAGGCUGUAGGGCAGCGGAGAGCACAGGGGGGGGUGAGGCUACGUUUGGACAAAGGAACGGCACCAUCUGGCUGGACGAGGUGAACUGCAGGGGCAGUGAGAUGCACCUGUGGGACUGCCGGCACUCUCCACUGGGACACAAUGACUGCGACCGAAGGGAUAAACGAAGGGAGGACUCGGUUAGGGCUUUCCUAUGUAAGCAAUGUGAAUACAUAUUGUGUUUUAAUAAUGGUCUGUGUUCCCUCUUUCAGCCUGUAAUUCUGGGGAUCUGGUUUGAAAAUGGAUUGUUUUGAAAGUUUAUAGUAAAGUUUGGACUUGGAAAAUAUUCUGUAACCCAACUCUUGACAGUUCCCAUUUGUAAAUCAUUUAGAGCGUGUUGUACAGAAAAAAUACACAUUUAAAUGUGUAUUUUAUUAUUUUAAUAUGUCUGUUCUGUUUUAAUGUACCCUUUCUAAGUGUAUAGUAUUGCAGAGUGUUCAAUGGCUUGAAGGCUGUAUUAGCCUGUUUUUAAACAAUAAUCUCAUUUAACAUCUGACUGAUGCCAUGUGUUUAUUGAAAAUGUUUUCGUGCAAUUGAUUAAAAAAAAAAAAAAACUGAUGUAAAAAUAAGCAGACAUGAGAAAUGUGAAUUAACAGAUGUAGUUUUUAAAAUUAUUUCACAUUGUGUUUUUUGUUUUUUUUUGUUUUUUUUUUUAUAUAUAAAGACAGCCAAAACGUUUCAGACAAGGAAAUAUUUAUUUUCUAAAGAAAACAUACCAGAAACAGAAGCAGUUUCUUGGCAGACGAUGUACUUGUUUCUACAACAUAUGAGGCUUGAUCCAUAAAAUCUAGCAAGAGUCUAAGCAACUUUUAAAAGUUUGGGCACUUUUUUCAAACAGCUUGAAAUUGGGAACUAAAUUGUAAGUUCUGGACAUUGAUAAGAUUGCUGCUGGCUUUUAUAGUUCAGGCCCACUGUUAAAUAAAGUAAAACAAGAUAUACGAUCACAUUGAAACGCAUUGUACUUUCCUGUCUUCAGUAUUGUUUGAAAUUAAUUUCAUUGUAAUGAAUAUAUAGUACUUCUCCACACCCCCAAGGGGUUUCACCAAAGCUGGUGUUGCUAAAACUGGAA